AUGGGCUAUCGCGUAUCUAAAUCAAUAAAUAAUUAUAGUAUUUUUAAUAAUUUUAUUGUAAAAGAGCAACGAGUAUACGGUAGUUAUCUAAACUUAUUGAAUUCUAAUACUAAAUUCAAUCAACAACAAGUUAGAUUAAGAUGUACUCUAAUGGCUCAUGAAAGUGAGUAUCCGAUCAGAAGCCUUUCUAAUUUAUCACAUAUAAAAUUACACCCUUGAUUUAUAACAGGAUUAACUGAUGCAGAGGGUUGUUUUACAUUAAAAAUUGGAAAACGAAUUCAACUAGAAUUUGUUAUAGGUAUGCAUACUGUAGAUAAAAACCUAAUAAAUUCAUUAAAAGAAUUUUUUGGUAUAGGAAAUAUCUGAGAGAAUAAACGUAAUAAUACUAUUUAUUUUAAAGUAUCUAAAAUUAAGGAUUUAAUAACUAUAAUAAUUCCUCAUUUUGAAAAUUACCCUUUACAAAGUAAAAAACAAAGUGAUUUUUAUCUUUUUAAACAAGCAGCUAUCAUUAAAUAUGGUGAUGGUUCUAAUAAAAAGAAAAGAUUAACAGAUAAAGAAGUAGAGGAUAUUAUCAGAAUAAGAUUAUCUAUUAAUAGACGUAAGAUAUCGGAAAAUUUACAACAAAAAUAUCCUCAUUUAUUAAAUAAUCCCGUAUUUAUCCCUGAGAUAAAACGUAAUAUAGAUUAUAUUAAAGAUUAUUGAAUAGCUGGAUUUACAUCUGGUGAUGGUGGAUUUUAUAUAAAUUGUAAUGAGAAUAAACCUUAUUAUGUAACUUUUUCAUAUAUUAUAUCUCAAAAGUCAGAUGAUUAUGAAUUAUUAGAACAUAUUAAAUCUUACUUUAAUUGUGGAACUUUACGUAAUUAUACAAGAAAUACAACUUAUAAGUAUGUAAAAAAUAUUGAACAAUUAUCUAUUGAGGAAAUUAAUCAAUUACCUUUUAAAGAAUCUAUAAUUAGUUAUUACACUGUUAAAGAUAGAAAUGAUAUUAAUACUAUAAUAGUGCCUUUUUUCUUAACCUAUAAUAUAAUAGGUAUUAAGAAUAAUAAUUUUAAUUUAUGAGUUAAAGCGAUUGAUAUAGUUAAUAAUAACAAACAUUUAACACAUGAAGGAUGAGCACAAAUAUUAGAGUAUAAAUAUAAUAUGAAUUCUUACUCUUUAAAAAAAAUAACUAAUAAUAUUAUAGAAUAA